AUGCUUACUCAGAUUGAUCAUAUAAACCUAGAGUUGAAUGAGGACACGGGAACGAAACAGCUCGUUCGGUGGUUCGAAUCCCGAAUAGGUCCCAGGCUGAGAUUCAGAGACUUCGUGUUGAAUAUCAUACGUUCGCACCCGCCCCAUAGCCCUUUCUUUUCGAGUUUCUUAGUUUCUGGCUUCUUAUCUUCGAAGACGAAGUACAAGACGCAAAGUAAAGACGAAAGUACAAGACGAGGUACAGAUCGACAAAUAACAAGAGGGAGUACAAGAGGAAAGUACAGCGGGAGUACAGACGAAGUAAAGAUCGAGAGUACAAGACGAGAGUACAAGACGAAAGUACAAGACGAAAGUACAAGUCGAAAGUACAAGUCGAAAGUACAAGUCGAAAGUAAACAGACGGAGUACAGACGAGAGUACAAGACGAAAUCGAAAGUACAAGCGAGAGUACAAGACGAGAGUACAAGACGAAAGUUACAAGACGAGGUACAAGACGAAAGUCAAGACGGGAGUCAAGACGAAGUACAAGCGGGAGUAAAGACGAAAGUACAAGUCGAAGUACAAGUCGAAAGUAAAGUGAAGUACAAGACGAGAGUACAAGACGAGAGUACAAGACGAAAGUACAAGACGGCGAAGUCAAGAGAAGAUAAAAGACGGGAGUACAAAGACGAACAGUACAAGACGAAAGUACAAGUCGAAGCCAGACGAAAGGGUACAAGACGAAAAAAGUACAAAGUCGAAGUACAAGACGAAAGGGUACAAGAGAAAGUAGCAAGACGAGAGUACAGAGAAAAGUCAGUCGAAAGUACAAGGUCGAAAGUAAAUAGAACGAAGUACAAGACAAAGUACAAACGUAAAGUACAAGAGAAAGUACAAGUAGAAAGUAACAAGACGAAAGUAAAGACAAAGUACAAGACGAAUACAAGACGAAAGUACAAGUCGAAGUACAAGUCGAAAGUACAGACGAAGUACAAGACGAAAGUAAAAAGAAAGUCAAGACGAAGUACUCAAGACGAAAGUACAAGUCGAAAGUACAAGUCGAAAGUACAAGACGAGAGUACAAGUCGAAAGUACAAGACGAGAGUACAAGUCGAAAGUACAAGACGAGAGUACAAGUCGAAAGUACAAGACGAAAGGAGGUUUACAAGUCGAAGUCAAGACGAGAGACAAGUCGAAAGUACAAUAACGAAGUACAAGAAGAAAGUACAAGACGAAGUAAGACGAAGUACAAGACGCAAGUACAAGAGAAAGUACAAAACGAAGUACAGACGAAAGUACAAACGAAAGUACGAUCGAAGUAACAGACGAAAGUACAAAACGAAAGUACAAGACGAAAGUCAAGACGAAAGUACAGACGAAAGUACAAGAACGAAGUACAUAGACGGAGUACAAGUCGAAGUACAAAGAAAGUACAAGACGAAAGUACAAGACGAAAGUACAAGACGAAGUACAAGAGAAGUACAAGACGAAGUCAAAGACAGAAAGUACAAACGAAAGUACAAGAAGAGUACAAGACGAUAG